GAUACCUGGAGAUGGUUUAGAACCCUGUGAUGUCACACAUGCUUGUGAUGAUGUCACCGUAAGCUGAACAAAGAGGUGCGCGCCGGCCGCAGUCUCUUCAGUGUGUUUUGCAUUCACAACCUGUGGUGCAAAGUGUUUCUUAGAGAGUUUCUAUUUGCGAUAGAGAAUUCAAGAUUUUGACCGUUCCUUGUCUGAAGAGAGAACCACAAGUGUUUUCAGGCUCUGACCUGUGACCAUGGCCUCUCCACAAGACCCAUUGCUGAAGGAGGAGGAAGAAGCAAUGGAGGACCAUAGUGAUAUGGAUGUAGAAAAGGGCGAUAUCCCUGAGAGACAGAACCUGCCAUCUCUAAGCGUGAUGUCCACCGCACGUUCCAUCAUCACCGUAGUGAUCCUCGCCUUUGUUAAUUUGCUCAUCUAUGCAAAUCGCUCCAGCGUGGCGGGGGUGCUGCCUUAUAUACAGAAAGCAUAUGACACCAAUGCUAGUCUGUCCGGCUUAUUGAAUACAUUGUUCAUUGGAAGCUACGGUGCUGGUCGCACCAAUUGCCGGAUAUUUGGGCGACCACUGUAAUAAGAAAUAUACUGUUUGCGCAGGAGUCAUCGUUUGGCUGAGCAUGACACUUACCCUGUCAUUCAUCCCUGACGGGUAUUUCCUGCUGUUCCUGCUGACGAGUGGGCUGGUUGGAGCCGGAGAGGCGACUUUCUGCACCAUCGCCCCCUCCAUCAUUGCAGACCUUUUUACAAGUGACCAGCGGACCCGCAUGCUGAACGUGUUUUACUCCGUCAUACCUGUAGGCUGCGGACUAGGAUACAUCAUCGGGCCCAAAGUGACUGAUGCAGCAAGGGGUGAUUGGCACUGGGCGUUUCGGGUCACCCCUGGCCUGGGCCUCAUAGCUGUGGCUUUCAUGAUUUUGGUCACAAAGGAGCUUCCAAGAGUGACUACAAACGGGAAGAAGAAAAACAAAUCCCCCAAGUUUGCUAAAUGGACGACAGAUCUGAAACAACUAUUUAAAAAUCGAAGUUUCAUGUUAACCACCCUGGGAUCGUCAGCUGUAUCCUUCAUAGUGGGAGCCAUAGGUGUAUGGGGUCCGUCAUACCUGACCUACGCACGAAUACUCCUACAAGAGAAGGACCCCUGCCGCACUGAACCGUGUGACUAUCACGACAUCCUAAUAUUUGGUGUGGUUACAGUCGCCUCCGGCAUUCUGGGAGUUGUAGCAGGGUCGGAGAUAAGUAAAAGAUAUCGCAAAUCCAACCCACGGGCCAAUCCGCUUGUGUGUGGCUGCGCGAUGAUGAUCUCCGCCCCUUUUCUUCUUUUGGCAUUGACUUUUGGCAACAUCAGCCUCGUUGCCACCUACAUCUUCAUCUUCAUCGGAGAGCUGCUUCUGGCAGUAAAUUUCACCCUCAUAUCUGACAUUAUACUAAAAGUAGUAACUCCGUGGAGGAGAUCUUCAGCUCUGGCUGUGCAGAUGACAAUCUAUCACCUCCUAGGUGACGCCGGCAGCCCGUACCUCAUCGGCCUGAUAUCUGACACCUAUGAACAAGGAUAUGCCAAAUCCCCUCUUCUGAAAUACCGCAGCCUGGAGUAUGCCCUCAUGACCUGCACCAUAAUGGCAGUCAUCGGAGGGGCCUUCUUCAUGGCCACGGCCCUAUUUAUAGAGAGGGACGAAAAAGAAGCAGAGAUGGAAUCAGAACCUCCGUCAUCCUCCUCCUCGCUGCUUCCUGCCGAUGAGGACCGCGCUUCAGAAUACAGAGAUCCGUAACCUCCACAAUGCCAAUAGAUAUAGCAAGGACUCUCCUAAAAAUGAAUGAGGAAAAGUCAUUGUUUACCUUUAUCUGUUUACUUAAUUAAAAAA